AUGAUCAAUUGUGUUGGUGAAAUCGGCCUUAGUGGUAUUGAUAAAUUUCGGGUUGAAACCCAUCAUGUUAUAGUUGAUAAAUUUUGCUCAGAACUGGACAAAAAAAUAAAUGCAUAUAGUGUAGUGGUUGAAAAUUUUUUAUUCUUAACUAGACUACAUGUUGAGUCUACUAUUGAUGUUGAGAAAAGUGUUAAUAAAUUCAUUAGUGUAUAUGAAGAUGAUGUUGAUGAUUCAAUAAAGUAUGAAAUAGUACAUUUCAAGCAGUUUUGGAAUCAGUUAAAACCAACAUUUGAUGGAAGUGAUGUAGACACUCAAGAUAUUUGA